AAACUGCUCAAGGAGCGACAAUCUGUGAAGGGAGAAAUGGGUAAAGAAGAUGCAAUCAAUGAGAAUGAAUCCGAUUGUGUGCAUUAUUGGUUGUCGAUUCUAGACAUUCCAAAACCAAAAACAGCGAAAUAA